CACUAUUUUAUUCGACCUAAUUCUUCUGCAAAUCUUCUGAUAAAACUCUCACUCCACUCCCUCUUCUCUUCUCCUUACCCAUCCCUUCAUUCAUUCUUCCAUAUUAAUAUAUAUAUUGAGUGAGAUUGAUGGACAUCGACUUGAUGAAGAACGGCGGCGGCGAAGAUGAAAUGGAUUUGAUGCUGAUGCAGAUGGAGAAGCUCCCGGACUUAUCGGGAGCCUACGCCGACGUCAGCGAGCUUCCCAUAAUCGAAUUCCAAAAUCAGGCCAACAGCUUCCAAAAUCUAAAUUCUUCUUCCUCGUCGCCGGCACUGCAAAGCACGAUAUCGUUUGCGGGGGAGGCGGCCCAGAUGAGGGAGAUGAUAUUCCGGAUAGCGGCAAUGCAGCCGAUCCACAUCGACCCGGAGUCGGUGAGGCCGCCGAAGCGGCGGAACGUGAGGAUAUCGACGGACCCGCAGAGCGUGGCGGCGCGCCACCGCCGGGAGAGGAUCAGCGAGCGGAUCAGGAUUCUUCAGAGACUGGUGCCCGGCGGGACCAAGAUGGACACGGCGUCGAUGCUGGAUGAGGCCAUCCACUACGUCAAAUUCUUGAAGAAUCAGGUGCAGUCGCUCGAGCGGGUGGCCGCCAACCGCCCGGCCCCGCCUCCCGGGAUGGGAUUCCCGGUGCCCAUGACGAGCGGGAGCUAUUUCGCCGUGCCGGGAAAGGGAUAUCAUCAAGCGAAUGUUCAGCAUCUCUGAAAUUGAUUUUAAUUUCUAAUUAAUUUGCUUAAUUGUUGUAAAGAAAGAGGCCUCUUUCGGUAUCAUUGCCAAAUUAUGUGAAAUAAUACUAGUGCAAUCUUUGGCAUCGACUAUUCUAUUAAUCGGAAUUGUAGUAUUUUAUUGGUG